GUGCAAUGGAGUUAGGAGUUCCAGUGAGAGACUUAGGGAAGGAAGAGAAAUGAGCAGACACAAACACUGACAGCCACUAGGAGUUAAAAACCUUCUUGGCAGCAGUUAGUUGGAAGAAAGGACAGAAGUGUCUCUGGCCACAAUGGGAAUUUUACUGGACUUGCUGCUCCUGAGCCACCUAACAGUGAUUGCAUGUGGCCAGCCCAUCCUGGAGGCACCAGAAAACCUGACAGGACCCUGGAAAGGGGAUGUGUAUAUUCCUUGUACCUAUGGUCCCCUAGAAGGUUAUACCCAAGUCAUGGUGAGGUGGUUGGUACAACAUGACUCAGAACCAGUCACCAUCUUCCAACAUGACUCCUCUGGAGAACAUAUCCAGCAAGCAAAAUACCGAGGCCGCCUGCACAUGAGCCAAGAGAUUCCAGGGGUUGUAUCUCUCCAUUUGAAUACCUUGGAAAUGGAUGACAGGAGCCUCUACACCUGUGAAGUCACCUGGCAGACCCCUGAUGGCAACCAAGUGAUGAGAGAUAAGAUCAUUGAGCUACGUGUCCAGAAACUCCCUGUCUCCAAGCCCACAGUGACAACUGGCAGUGGUUAUGGCUUCACCGUGCCCCAAGGAAUGAGAAUUAGCCUUCAAUGCCAGGCGUGGGGUUCUCCCCCUAUCAGUUAUGUCUGGUAUAAGGAACAAGCUAAUGACCAGGAACCCAUCAAAGUAGGAGCCACGAGUGCUUUACUCUUCAAGCCUGUGGUGAUGGCUGACUCGGGCUCCUAUUUUUGUACUGCCAAGGGCCGUGUUGGUGCUGAACAACGUAGUAACAUUGUGAAGUUCGUGGUCAAAGAUUCCUUAAAGCCACUUGACAUCAAGAAUGAAGCACCUACAACUACACAAUCCACAUUGGAAGGAAGGGGCUUGCCUAUGUUUGCCAUCAUCCUCAUCACCUCCUUGUGCUUUAUAGUUGUCGUUACCAUGGCUUAUGUUAUACUCCGUCGAAAGACAUCCCAACAGGAAAAUGUCUAUGAAGUCAACAGAGCAAUGUUCCAGCACUAAGGCUUGGUUAUCAGACAUCUAGAUAUCACCAGAAGACCAGAGAAGGCUAAAUCUGCCAGUUCAAGAGACCAGCUAUGUGCAAGAUCAUUUCUUUUUCUCCAGGGCCAGACCACUUUUAUUGGAAAUCAUCAUGCUACAAGCUAGGAUUUUGUCCCACUCUGUACUGUGAGUCUAGUGCUUUGGUAUUCUUUUGUGCUCAAUAAAUAUCUCAUCAUGAUAUAAA